ACAUGGCUCCGUCAUCAAACAAAGUGGGAAAGGCUAUCCAAGCCAAGAAAGCUGUCGUCAAGGGAAGCAAGACUAACGUUCGCAAGAACGUUCGUACAUCAGUCCACUUCAGACGCCCAAAGACCCUUGUGACUGCCAGAGCUCCAAGAUAUGCCCGCAAGUCUGCUCCAGCCAGAGACAAGCUCGAUAGCUUCGCUGUCAUCAAGGCUCCACACACCACCGAGAGCUCCAUGAAGAAGAUCGAAGACCACAACACCCUUGUCUUCAUUGUUGACGAGAAGGCCAACAAGCAUCACAUCAAGAGAGCCGUCCAUGCCCUUUACAACGUCAAGGCUGUUAAGGUCAACACCCUGAUUACUCCACUCCAACAGAAGAAAGCUUACGUUCGAUUGGCUUCGGACUACGAUGCUCUUGAUGUUGCCAACAAGAUCGGAUUCAUCUAAAUCUAUUUGUUGUUCAUUGUUCGUUACCGUUAUGAUGAAGAUAUUCAUUAAA